AUUAAUUUCGAGGUAGUCGGAGAGCCGGGAAAUUUCUAUGCGAAGGAAGAAUUUCUCCGAUGCGAGAGGCAAUCGGAUGAAAGGCGUUCGCCGUCUUUGCGAGAAUCUGAUCCUCGUACUCGUGUUCAUUAUUCAGGAACCUUGCCAUCCGGAGAAAGACCACUUCGCGCUGAAGGUGACGCACCGUUGAGACAAGGGGACGGGCUCAGGUGUGCAAGCAACAACAGCUCCCUUUCAGCCUGCGACGCUCGGGUUUCGGUACCGAAGCCACAAUCCUCAGCUGGGUGGGGUAUCCAGAUCAAACGAAGCACAUGUAUUAUUAUCGCGAGGCGCGCCCAGGCUGAGAACCAGAGCCGGAACGAUCAAAUGGUUGCAAUUGUGGUGAUUAUGUAGGUAGAGAGGAUGAAGGUCCUUUGGGGGCGCCAAUCCCGGGUAAACAAUGCGCGUUUGAUUGCGAUGACAUUCCUGCAUUUCUUUUCGGACGGAAGAAUCGAAGUCGGGGUGACAGUGAGGCAUGCAGGGAGUGGACGAGCGAGUCAAUGGCAGUGGGAUAGCUGGCAGUAGUAGGUACCCAAGUACAGAGGCUCGAUAGGGGUGCUCUGGUGUUGUCGGUAUAUGUGGUAUGCAGUAUGUGGUAUUAUGCGGAAUGCGGUGGCUGCCAAGAAAGUGAAAUGACGACAGUUCAAAGACGCAGCGAAUGUCAACUUGGACUUCACAUCAAACAACCACCUCGUGCCAUCAGCCAUCAGCCAUCACCUUGUCAAACCACGACGGUGUGAGGCCCAGGCAUCACAUCAUUCAUGGCCUGAGCUGCGUCUCUCAUCUGACAUCGUUAGACUCUCCUCAGCUCCUCUGCAAAGGUUGAUCCGGCCUGUACCAAUCCAUCUCGUGUGCCCUCUCCGACCGCCCCCUCAAUCGUGGAAAGCUAGUAGAAUCCCAGUUUAUCUGCAAAAAAAACCGACACCGUCCCCAAGAUGAUGGCCGCUCAAGCUGGCGCCGAAGAUCCUCUUGUCUCGGCCUUGCCUCCGGCCACCGAUUACAUGACUUACCUGACUCUAUUGGAGUAUCAACUGACCCCUCGGAACCUUCCCACAUUGAGCAGACUCCUCAGCGACGAUGACGGCAAACUCGCCGAGGAAAUCGGAUGGGAUUUGUUGAAGCUCCUUCUCCCUAUGUUGAAGGAAACCCCUGAAGAGGCUAAUCGAUGCUUGGAGAUUGUCGCCCGACGGGGCAAUCCCAGAGAAGUCGUUGUUCGCGUCGCCGAAGAGCUAGAGAAGUUGAGUGAUGAAGUCCAGGUGUCAGACAAUGAAGAUGACUUUGACGAGAGAGAUGAUCAAGACGAGCUGCCGACCUUUCCUGGCGAAGCACCUCGAGUCCACCUGGGACAGAUGACUCUGCAAGGCAUGCCCGCCGAUGCUCCUACUGACAAAGCCGCCGGCGAAUCGAGCAUGGUCCAGGAAACAGUAUCAGUCAAGGCACUGAAGCUGCAGGCUCUCUUCAAUAUGCUGAGCAUUCUCCAUCCUAGGAUCAAAACACAGUUCCCUAGUCGCUUCCUUGCAACGUCCCUGCCGGCCGCUCUAGGGGCUUAUCGGCAGGUACCCAUUUCGACCGUGACUACUUCCUCAUUCUUGACCAUGUUGGAAAAGAUAGCUGGCAGAAAACGGCCCCCCUUGCCUCCUCGCACGAGCACCCAAGGUGAGGGACCGUCUUCAAGCAAACCACCUCACGAUGUCCCUGCAACGGCAGCUCCUUUGCCGGAUCCGGAGGCCAAGGCUGAAGAGGAAGAUACCGGGGUCAAUGAACCUUCGCAAGGUGAAAAGGCCAUCAUUUAUCGACUACUUGACGCGGUACUACUUGAGGUUUUGGAUGAAUACAUGUCCUCGCUUGCAACGCACGACUAUCCCUCAAUGUCCUGGACCGCUCGACUACGGGAGUAUUACGAGCCACGAAGAGUCGUGCCCGGGAGGCCGACAGAAACCGAGAUCUGGGACAAAACACCUGAAUUGAAGGAACGCGACGCUCUAUUAGCCCGGUUCUUCUCAAUUAGCAAGUCGAUGCAACUCGACGCAGACCGAGAGAUAACAAAGCUCGUCCAUGAGGACGAGGAUGAAGACCUCGAGAAUCCCUACCAUGACAAGGAUAAUGCACCUUCAGAAUACCCGACCACGCCAUCUCAAAUCCCAUUCCCACGAGCGGGGGUAAUCUUCCUCCACGCUUAUCAAUCUUACAUAAAUCCGUCCGAUUCAAAACCGCUGCUCACCACCUCCGAGCUCACAAAGCUCAUCGCCCACUCGUUUCCUCUCAGCGCGACCCCCUCAAUACCUCUGCCACCACUCCAGGACUCGCUCCUUUCUCUCUUAUACAAACAAUCUCUGGCAGUCUCUGCUGCCCCCACCACACCACAGCCGUCUCCAGCUAAAUUUCUCCUGUUGAUCAGUACAUUGACCCAACUCUUUCCCAUCACACCUUACCCUUCUCUCCGUGACUCGGCACAUUAUAUCGCGACAAAACUGCUCCAUGCGUAUCCCGAUCCGUUCAUUCGCCUGCAGGUCAUUGCGCAAACCCUCCGGGGAGACACGCUGAGUACCAACUGGGCGGAAAUUGAAGAUGAGCUGGGGGAUACGGAGCCUCCAGCGCCAGGGAUCGAUGAAGAGACGGGGCUCACAAGGAGCACCUCAGCGUUGCAGCCACAUCCCAUUCCGCUAGCACCUCCGCAGCAAGUCUGGCCGUUAAAGGCUGUAGGGGUGGACUGGUUGAAGGACGAAUUUUCGGAAUGGAUCGGUGCAAGAGCACAAGUCCAGGCUGAAGGGAGUCCUAAUGUGGUUGGUGCUCUGGAUCCUUCGGUAGUUCUGCUAGCACCAGAAUAUGCGAGCGCAAAGGAGGAGACGAGGGAGGAUAAGAACGAUACAGCAGUCUCCCUGAUCGAUCUACUCUUCCCGCCGGAAAUGCACACACUCGCUCUCUCCUCAACCUCCGCACCAAGAUCGACUUCGCUGACUUCCUCAGAAGAAUCACCCUCAGACAAAUUACCAGAAUUUCUUCUCUCAAUCCCCUUCCACAUCUCGACCCUCAAUCUCAUCUGCAUUGUCCUCCCCCAUCUAUCCUUCUCCCAGCAUCCAACCUCAUCUCUCAAAUCUCGAAUCUCGGCUCAUCUCUCGUACCUGAACAACGCGUUGAAUCUGCUGCUCGAGCUGCUUCAGCACGCAGAGGCGUCGACUUCAACCACUGCAUCUGGAGAAGUAGGAAUGCGGGGAGGGGGCGGUGAUGAGCAUGAAGGAUUCCUGGAAGAAUCGCGUGCUGAUAUCUUCGCAUUACAGGAUGCCUGUGUGAGGGCCACUGGAGUGUGGGAGAAGGUGCAUAACGGAUGAUGAUGGGAUGAAGAAGGCCACUACGAGGCCAUCUCAUCGAAGUCCAGCACGUACAUAACACGGACCCGUUUGGAAGACCGGAAAGCCAGGCAGCUAGGGUGGAAGACAGCGAAGAAGUGGGCGGAAAACAUAACACAAACAAGACGCGAUUCAGGACUUCCGUCUCGGUACUUUUUUGGACGGAGGAAGGAACCAGGGCGGCGUCGAACUAUGGCGCUCACGACGUGGACGCGACAAGUCAAAAAAUCAUCAGCCAACUCAACGUACGAGGAUAAGAAAUGAAGCAACACUAAGGAAAAGGACCGAGUCGUGUCUGCGCAUGGCGUGAGAGACUUGCUGGAGUUGUUUAGUUUUCGUGCUUGGUUCCAUCAUGAAUUCUCACGCAGAAAGGAAAUGUAGAGGGAUGGGUUUUUUCUCUCUCUUGAAUCUCUUUGACAUUUA